GCUCGCGAAGCUUGCGGCUCCACCUCGCGCGCGGCGCGGCCAGAGCGCCCGGCUCCGGCAGAGGCGAGCAGCGCCGGUGAGCCCCGCAGCAGCGCGCCGCCGGGCCGCCCGGAGCCCCGCGAUGGAGAUGGCAGAGGCGGAGUUGCACAAGGAAAGGCUGCAAGCCAUAGCAGAAAAAAGAAAGACGCAGACUGAAAUAGAAGGCAAGCGACAGCAGCUUGACGAACAGAUACUUCUGCUGCAGCAUUCCAAGUCCAAAGUGCUUCGGGAAAAAUGGCUGCUGCAGGGUAUCCCCGCCGGAACUGCCGAAGAGGAGGAAGCCAGGAGGCGGCAAUCUGAGGAGGAUGAGUUCCGAGUCAAACAGCUGGAAGAUAACAUCCAGAGGCUGGAGCAGGAAAUACAAGCGCUAGAAAGUGAAGAGUCCCAGAUAUCUGCCAAAGAGCAAAUCAUCCUAGAGAAACUAAAGGAGACAGAAAAAUCCUUUAAGGACUUUCAGAAGAGCUUCUCCAAUGCGGAUGGAGCUGUGUACGCCAUGGAAAUUAAUGUGGAGAAAGACAAACAAACAGGAGAGACCAAGAUUCUCUCUGCAUCCACCAUUGGCCCAGAGGGGGUCCAUCAGAGAGGAGUCAAAGUCUAUGAUGAUGGUACCAAAGUAGUGUAUGAGGUGCACUCGGGAGGCACUGUGGUAGAAAAUGGAGUGCACACGUUAAGCUCAAAGGAUGUAGAAGCACUUAUUCAGAAGGCGGGACAAUCAAGCUUCAGAGGAGGGCACGUGUCAGAAAGAACUGUGAUCGCAGAUGGGAGCCUUGGCCACCCGAAGGAGCCCAUGCUCUGCAAGGAAGCCAAGUUAGAAAUGGUACAUAAGUCUAGGAAGGAUCAUUCUUCUGGGACCCCAGGGCAGCAGCCCCCAGCCCCCAGCACAGAAGGGCCCGAGGCCAACGUGGAUCAGCCAGUCACCAUGAUUUUCAUGGGCUACCAGAAUAUUGAAGACGAAGAGGAGACGAAGAAGGUGCUAGGCUAUGAUGAAACCAUCAAGGCGGAGUUGGUCCUCAUUGAUGAAGACGAUGAGAAGUCAUUGAGGGAGAAGACCGUGACGGAUGUGUCCACCAUCGAUGGGAAUGCAGCUGAGCUUGUGUCCGGGAGGCCGAUCUCAGACACCACAGAGCCCUCAUCCCCAGAAGGGAAAGAAGAGAGCCUGGCCACAGAGCCAGCCCCAGGUACCCAAAAGAAAAAGCGCUGUCAAUGCUGUGUUGUCAUGUGACCACUUCUUUCUUCCCUUUUCUUCCGGGCAGCCUCUGGGCUCUCCACCACUUCCGUAGACCUCACUGUACCGCUAACGGCAAUACUGUCAGCUGGAAGCAAACACCUGCCUUGCCUUGCAGUUGGAUUGCUUAGGUCUCUCUUAUUUUUGUCCCCCUUUCAUUUUUCUCCAGUUUCCUCACCUGAGAGACAACGUGCAUGUGUGUGCUUCAUUCUUUCCAAGAACUUACUUUUCCUCUAAACCUUUCCUUGUGUCUUCAAGAGUGAAUCAAUUUCUUACUGCUCGAUUGGAAUGGACUCUCCACAUCAGCCAGUUCUAUAGUAGCCUUAACUCACUUGACUGGAAUCGAACCCGUGGCCCUGGGGGUUUCCUGUUGUAGCGUGUUCCUAUAAUGUAGUCACACAUCACCACGUCGCUGACUUCCCACUUGCCUCCCUUGCUGUGGAUCUUUGCUUUUAUAUCGUGUGUGGCAAAAUGCUGUGGGCUCUAGCUGGUUGCCAGCGUGGCCAAAAGUGGACCUUAUAAUUAGUCUGUUCAAUCUAGGGUGAUGCUUUUUGCUGCCUUACAUAAGCUUCCAGAUUACAGUAUUGUGCAUCUAUGACUUUCCAUCUGUUAAAACUGAAAUGACGUUGAUGUAAAAGAAAAGGAACCCAGUGCUUGUCGCAGCUGAAAUGUAGGGACUGAUUCCAUAACCCGCCCAUCAGCAGCCGUCUCUUUCUGUGGCUUACCUGAUGGACCCUUUAUAUACGAAGCACCAUUUUUAAUUUUCUAAGGACAUGAAACAAACAUUGUUUUGAGCAUUCGUAGUAAUCUCUAAACUUAGGCAUAUCCAUGAGCCUUGCUUCUAUUCUCUCAGAAAAAAAAAAAAAAAUGUAAAUUUUUAUAUUGUUUUCUUUUUCACGGAUAUUUUCUGAUCAUGUUAAUCUAUUUUCAACGAAGGGAUCAUUUUGAGGAGUAUCUCUGCAGUGACCAUAUUUCUAGAACAGUCUUUUUGAUCAACUGUGGUUGCUGCCAAGCUUCCAUUUCAUUGUGGAUGGACGGUGCUGGAACUGAAUUUACCUGUUCAUCUCCCCUUCCCACUUGAUUACAGAGCCUUACUUCUGGACUCUUUUCUUUCUGUCCCAUGAGAAAGAGAAUGUUUCCCAUAAUGUCACCAUGCAGGUUGAUCCACCCUUCAAAAUCAGCUUGAAAAUGUAAAAAAUGUGUAAGAAAGACGUGUCUUCUCCACGUUAAGUCCUUAAAUUCAUUCCACAAGUACCGGCUGAGUGGCACAUAGCGGAGCUUCUUAAGGCAUGUUUCUUAAACUUCUGGAGAUUUCAGAACAUCAGAGAAUAGUUUUUUGGUUGUUGUUUUUUUUUUAAAUCUAGAACACAAUGAACAAUUUAAAUAAAUUCUUAGCAUUCUCCCAAAGCAAACAGCCAGGUGUAUAGUAAAACCAAAGGGAAGUAAUAGAGUAAAAAAAUAAUACAGUAAUAAAAUAAAGAUGUAACAUUUUAACUGGUUUUAAUAACAGAGAUCUCUUAACCUGAAGUUAUUUGCCCAGAUGUUCAUAGCACUAUUGCAAAUCAUUCACAAAAUAUAUCUAUGUUCCAUGGAACAUAGUUUUAAAAAACAUAAAAUAAGUCAUGCUCCCUCAAGUCGAACCUCUGUGGAAAGCAGACAAGAAAAAAAAAAUUAGAUAGUCUUGAGAGAAUUUCUUUAUGGAAUCAACUAAAUUUGUCCUAAACAUAGUUUUCUCAGUGCUAAAUCUAACUGUUACUAUUUUAAGUUUUGUGGCUUGAACUUAUAUUCCAAAUGGAAAGGGGGAAAAUGACAUUUUUAUUGCGAAAAGUUCAUUUCUCUCAAAUAAUUAUAUUUCAGUGAGCACAAAGUAAGUCAUUUUAUCACCAACGGGUAAGCAGAAAAAGUCAAGAAGGGACAAAUAAAGGAGCUAAAUUCUGCUCCUAAAAUGAUUCCAUCAAUGGCUUCCUUUUGAAUAGUGGAGGGGGUUCCCUCUAAAUGAUCUCAGGUUCACCAAAGCAGCUACAGUUGAAUUAGGCUGCUGUCUUAUCUCGGAAUAACAUCUGGUUUUGCUGCCUAGAAAUCUCCCCACUCGGCUUCACACUCCUCAGUCAAUGGUCACUUAGGCUUCCUUUAAAUGUUGAAGAGAACGACAUGCCAGAUAAACUUAUUCACGUAGAAAAUGAAAAAAGUUUGAGUGUUUGGACAAUCUAUUAUUUUAAUAAUUUAUUUAAUAAAGAAACAAUCUAAAAGUUUAUCAUAACUUACCUUUUUUUACUCACUUAGGGGUUAAUAUUAUUCAAUAGGAGUUUUUAAAAGCACAGUUAGUGAGGGGAAUGGUAGAAUGUAGAACCCUUGAGCUUGCUGUUUGAUAACCAGAAUCAGUCUGGUUCGAGGACAGAGAAUUCCCAGAAAUGUUCUACCCAUCCUGCCGUAGUGAGCUAGUUCUUCAUGAAGAAAAUGAUCUGCCCCUUUCACAGCAGCCCUACACAAGAGAUCUGAAAGACCAAUGAUAAUCUGCACUUUCAUUCAUCAGUUAUUAUUAUAGGAAUUAACAAAUUACAUGAAUUAGAAGUCUCUUUAUAAUUUUACUAUUAAAUCUUAUUAUUAGAGCCUUUAAAGUAAGACAUGUUACCUUUAGUAAAAUGAAAUGUGGCCAUAGGAAGUGGUUUGUUUGAAUAUGGCAUUUGUGUGCUUAUUUUUCAUCCUUUUCUUAUCAAAAUAGAGGAUUUAGGCUCAGCCAGUACUUUUAUGGGAUGAGACCUAUAAUCUCACCUACAGCAUCAAGUAACUACAUAAUGAACAUAUCCUCAGUGUCGUGAUUGAGAACGUUCUGCCUUCCCUGCCAUCAUUCUCUCUGUAAAAACUUUAUUAUGUGUGGUAUCACACCCUCCAAAAAUACAGGGUACUGGCUUCCAUAAUCUGACAAGUUAAAGAACCAGUAAUGAAGCUGCAAGACCAUAGUCUUUUUGAGACAAUGGUUCGUUGGGUUGUCUUCUAAAACUAAAUAAUCAGUUCCCCCUUAAACGGAAAGAGAAAGAGAGAAAGGGGGAUAUUUCAUUUCUUAGAAAUAGAUUUUCAGUGGCAUUGAAUUAAAGAUCUUUUAAUGGUUAAAAUGGUAAAGUUUAACUUACAUAUCCUUACAAAUCUCAAUGACUUGUAUAUCCUUGCCUUUGUUUUCUUUGAUGUGCAAUAGGACAGACUAAGGGGAAUUUUUUUUUUUUUACCUUGUACCUCUUUUGCCCUUAAUUCUAUUAAUUACUUUUAUAAGCAAAGUGAGUUGCCUCUAAAAGUGAUUUGACAGUGUCCAGGGACAUCACUAAUACUGGGACCAGAGAGGGUGAGGAGAGAGGGCAUUCCCUUCUGGCCAAACCCAACACAUGGUUUCCUUCAGCCUCCUGAGCAAAGACUUUCAGGAAACUUAGAUUUGACUCCUUUCUGAAUUGCAAUUAUACAUGUAUCAGCUUUAAAUUCCCAUCAACUCCAUUUUACUUCCUGGUCAUAAAUGUGUUUGUUCCUUCAUACAAGUAGAAUGCUUUAUUUCGGUUAGGGUCAAGUUUUUUAUAAAAGGGGGGAAAACAUCAAGAUGCAGGAACCUCUCUGGAGCAAAACAUUCAGGCCAAGUGCGAAAACGGCUCCUGUCUCUUCGCCUCCUGCAGAACUUCAUUUCAAGGGACCACUGAACACCCUUGAAAUGAACACUUAUUUCCUGCCAUUGAACCAGGGUUGCGAAAGCGGAGGGAGGGAAUAUGGUGACAGAGGCAAAACUCGAACCACUAAACCAGCUCUUCCUUUUUACAAAGCACCCUGUCGAUUUAAAACACAGGCGAACACAAAAUAUUCACAGAGGACUUUUUGUUGUUGUUCUUGCUGAAGAUCUAGAAGCUCAGAUCUCCCUUUGUCAAUGGACUCACUGUGGAGUUCAGCUCACCAAAGGGCCCCUUCCUUGUGGGGAUAGUCUCAUCUCCCAAAGGGUUACUUUGUUUACAGUAAACACUCCUCCAAGGCAAGCAGUUUUAAGUUGUAUUUUUGCAACAUGUACCUUCAGUCAUUGGAACCACAAAGAAGGUUUGAAACCUCAUAAAUAUGCAAUCUUUUAGAAGCUCCUCAGUUUACUUUGUAUCAAGGUAUAUAGAACUCCACUGAUGAGGAUAGAACCAGCAAAUAUCCUUUGUCCUGCUGGACGGUACAACCCAGCAGGUAAAUGGAGUGACGGUGGUAUAUAUCACAAACCAGCUCCAAGAAACCAGCAAGAUGAGCUCUUUGACUCUAGCUGCCAGCAGUCAUUUAUAGCCUUCUUCUGGUCUUUUCAGGAAUACUGGCCUGCAUUUUCUAGGGACAAAGAAAAGCCAGGCUUUCGUGAUCAUAGGAGCACAAUGCAAUUAUGUGUCUGUAUUUUCAUAGUUUCAGUGAACUCUAGGAUAAAAUUCUCAUUAAAAAAAAAAAAAAAAAACCAAAAUACUUAUUAUUUGAAUGUAGAAAAAAAUAAAAUAAAACUUACAUCCUGAAAGGUUUCAAAAGGGCAAUUUCCCUGGGGAUCCCUAGACCAGCCUCGCCCAUCCCCCUUCAUUUUUAUAUGACUUAAAUAGGCCUCUGCUUCCCCUCUCCACUCAGUCUAACCUAAGGUCAGAACCAUAUCACAAAACCUUGCUUUCAACUUGAAAAUAUAAGAUGUAAUUUUGGGGAUCGCAGGUUUUCUGCAUCAAAGAUCUGGACCGCCUUAACUUUUGUAAAAAACAAACAAAACAAAAAAACAAACCAGUUUUUCAAGGCUCUCUUUUACUAAGCAGGAAACCAAAAUGUUUCCUGAAAAUUAAUGACUUUUUUAUAUUUUGUGACUAUUUUCUAAGUUUCUAUAGGUUGAGGUGUAAAUGGUCAUCUUCUCCCCGUAAUGCCUCUUCCUGGUCAGUGGGGGGGGGCAGGGGAGCGGGGCCUCUUUUUUGCAAGUCACUGCAUUUUUAUCAAAAGAAAAGUAUAUUUCAUGAACCAUAAAUUUAAAAAAAAAAAAGUCCCUAGACUUCAGGCAGUCCUUCUGGAGUGAAAGAACAAAAAUACAGAAAGAAAAGAAUUACAGGGUGGCUUUCCUUUUAUUUUCCUAUGGUUAAUGUACUGUAUGGUAUGUAUGUUUACAGAAUGUAUCUGCCUUGUGAUGUGAACAAAUGAAUGACAAAAACAGAGUUCUGAUGUGCCAUUUUAAAGUUUGCCUUAGCAUUGCUGUUUAUGUUCUUCUUUUCUGUCCUUUAAAAAAAAAAAUGCAGGUUGUAUUCCAAAGCUGUAUUAACACAACAUUCUCUUCCCCGCCCCUACCCAGCCCUCUUCAGAGCUGUGAAUUCCAUCACAGGAGCCUUGAGGCAGAACCUUGCUGGUCAGACCCAGAGGGAAUACAGUGGACAUUGCCUGGACAUUGUCUAUGUCCAUCUAGCAACCAAGCAUGUUCCUAUGUUCUCAUCUGGGUCUGAAUGUCACGCUCUGACACUCCUGGGCAGGCCAUAGACAGCAUAAGAUCUUCUGCAGUCCUUCUUACAGUGAGGGGAUGGGGACUUACUUGUGGACCCCCUCUCUGGGUCUGGGAGCAUAUUUUUAAGCACAAGUAGCAUAGCUUGUGAAAGCAAGAGAGAUGGACUCAAAUGGUGUGAUUGAGCCAUAACUGAGAGGUGUGCCCAUUCAUAAGAUGAGUACCAUAGGGCUGGGAGUAAGGAGUGGCCAUUAGAAAUGGAAUAUUUUACAUUUAUGUAUUUUUUUAAGGAAUGAUAUUUUUAUAAUGAAAUCUAUAUGCAUUAUGAAGCUUGAGUUUGAAAACAAUUUUGAUUGAGUUAUUUCUCCAUUCCGUUAAGGUAACUUUCUGGUGACUUCAGCACAAGCCCAGACCUUGAGAGGCAUGAUCAAAGGUCCUGUGGCCUGCCCAUGUGCCUCCACUGCAUGAAAUCCAAUGUUUCCAAACAGACCUAUAUUGUAAGAUCAAGCUUUCUAUGCCUGUCAUUAGAUAAACCAUGUCUUGAUAGCUUGAUAGCUCUCUGGGCUACAUCUUUAAUGAUAAAUAAUGAUGUUUUUCAUGAAAGGGGAUAGCCAUUUUAAGUGUAAGGCAACUCUAGCAAUGAUCAAAGUCCAAAUAUUUCACAUAUUUAAGGACUGAUCCCUGUGUUGGAGAUUAAGGGACCACUCACUAUGGUACAUUUAAAUGAUAUGGAUAAAAUGGUGCGUCAGAAGCCUCUGGCCAUAAACCAACAAUAUAAAACUUAGGAGGUAUAAUUGGCCUUGUAAAUACCAAAGGUGCUGCACCACAUUUUCAGAGUUAAGAAGACACAGGAAAGAAUUGUCUUUAUCUAUCCACUAAUGAGAUUCUGAAUUUUUAGAGUUCCUGGAUCCUCCCCCCUCCACCAAUUUUCUGCCAAGCUCCCAAGUUCCAAUUGCAAUCAAACUCAGUUUCCUAAAGAUCUUCACCCACACCUGUUCCACUGAGGGACAGAACAGCGUAAGCCUCGGAGUCUGCUUACCACCCCUAUUAGAUUCUCUUCCCAGACAGCAUCCUUGCUCCAGACGGGCCCUUUUUCUAUGACCUUAAAAGACCAAGAGCCUUUUCCAACAAGGCAAGGUCAGAAGCAUUCUCUCCAACUGAAGAAAAAGAACCCCUCCGGGUCCCAUGCAAAUCAUUUCGAUUCUGUCAUCACUAGAAUCCCUCCAACAGGCCCAAUUCAAGCCCAGCUAUGAACGCCAGUGUCAUGGAGACAGCUCUCAAAAUGCAGGAGCUAUGCAACUGCCUGAAGGUGCUAAGGGAGAGCGGUUUGGCUCUCUUCUCUUAUCACACGGGAGCCUCACAGUGUUGAGCUGAGGCGGACUGUUGGGGAGGCGUCCAGGUCCUUGAUUUUGCAGUCAGUCUUUAGAGACAGAGAAACCACCAGGCGAUGUCUGAUCCGAGCUGUUCUGGUGCAGCUUUAACACCAAUUCCGUGAUAUCCUAUUCUGGCCAGCAGAAAGAGUCCUGUCCUUCGCGGGGUUCUGGAACAUUCUCUCCUCCUCUCAAGCUCCUGACAUAGUAAAGUUAAAAAAUCACACAGGGGUUCCAGAAAAUGUUGUGUCUGAUGCAGCUUUUCAGUGAAUGUAGGUUGUUGAUGGAAUUUUCAGCUUUAGCAGUUCACUCGGGGUGAGUGACAUCUCUGUAAAUAUUUCCAUUUCUGUGGUUGGUUGGGGGGGUGGGGUGGGAGCCUGUCGUGCUGACUCUGAAUUAGACUUGCUGGGCUAGCUGCUGUACUUUGUAACCUGAAGUGUACUUUGACUGUUCUCUUUCCUUCGGAUGAAAAACAAAACAAAAACCGACUUCAGAAAUAACACUGCCAGCGACAGCCCAGGGCUGUACUUGUAGCUUCUCUCUGUUCCUCUGUACAGUAUUAAUAGACAAUAAACUGCCUUUUCACUGCAUCUACCUCUGAGUGUCUGUGCCCCGAUUCUUUCCCACCCCCCAACUGCCACGGGUGCAUGUCAGGCCAGACUGCCUCGGGGGGCGCCUUCGACCGCUCGCUAAUGCCAAACCCUAAUCCAGUGCCUUUCAAACUGGAGUGUGCCUCAGAAUCACGUGACGGGACCUGCCAAGAAGGGGGAAGCUCAGUCCCACCUCUGGAACUCCCAUUCAGGUUCCUGGGUGCGGCCUGCUCACCUGCCUUGCUAAUCAUGUCUCCAGGUGAUUCUGAUACAUGGGGUUCCUGGCCCGACCGUGGGUUGGGGGGCCCCGCCGGGGGCAUCCCUGUGGCCUGCCUGUUCCAGCUGGUUUCCACACUAACUAAUCUGCUUUCCCAGCACCUUCUCUCUCUCACCUGCUCUUGCACAUCUGUCUCCACACCUGUCGUCUUUGUUCUUGUUCCUUGCAAACCCCUAGCUGUGGCAUCGACCGUGAUCCCCUGGGUCCAACUUGGGCUGCCCCUCAGGCAGUACGCAUUCAAGCACUGUUGUCUUAGAAACAGGAGCACCUGAAGACACAUGGGAAUUUGGUUAUUCUUCUUUACUGCUGUAUCCUCUCUAUCCAGAAUAGGCUCAAGAAACUUUUUCUGGAAAUGGCCAGAUACUAAGUAUUUUGACUUUGCAGGCCAGAUGAUUUGUGUCAUAGCUGCUCAGCUCUGCCCAGAAGGUAGCCAAGCACUGCACAUAAAUGAAUGAGUAUGGCUAGGUUCCAAUAAACCUUAUGUAUUAAAAAAAAAAAAAAAAAAAAAAAAGACAGUAGACUGGAUGACUGGAUUUGGCCCUCAGGCUUGUAGUGUGCCAAUCCUUGGCCUCCAUGGGAGCCUGGCUCAUAGCAGGUACCCAAGAAAAAAAUGAAAAGGUAUUAUAUUAAAGAACAGACAAAGGGCAGAUGUGAUACCACCUGUAGAACUGUCAUAGAAAUUUUUUUUCUUUGAGGAUAUGGAGUAAGAGAAAUCAGUCGGGGGGCUCUCAUCUGUUUGGGUUCCGUAGUGGAUUUUUUUUUUUCAUGUCUUUAUGCAUGGACAUUAUCUUGCAAGUUCAAAGCAUGAAUGGUGCCUUGUAGACAGCGCAAAGUGCCAAGCUGAAAUGAAUAACUCUCAACCAACAGAGAGUUGAGGAAGUAUUAGGACAUCUUACCCUUGUCGGCAACAAGGAACUGGGUGGUCCCUAAGUAUCUCAAGCAUUUGAUCCAAAUGUCUGUGGAACUACAUUUGGUCUGAGCCGUCCUAUGCCGUGAACUCAGGGCUUUCUUUAUAUUACCUCUCCGUUCACUGAAAUACUCUUUAGUGUGUGCACAUAUGGGGAACCGCAAUGGCACGUUACACAUCCCAUAAGCCAGGGCACACUAACAGUGACACACCAGGAGCUGUGUGUUUCUAUCCACGGCCAGUGUCGUUGUGGAGUUGAAGGAAAUGAUAUGUACACAAAGCAGUUGGUAAGCGAGAAGUAGA